GGGGCGUGGCCUUCUACCCAGCCUCCGCUCAGAUCCACCCCGCCAGCGCCUCCAGCCCCACAGAGGCGCCUGCACAAGAGUGACGGCCAGACGGAUCCUGAGGAGCAGGGCCCAUGGACACCUUCAGCACGAAGAGCCUGGCCCUGCAGGCCCAGAAGAAAGUCCUCAGCAAGAUGGCCUCCAAGGCCAUGGUGGCGGUGUUCGCGGACGACACCAGCAGCGAGAUCCUGGACGAACUGUACCAGGCCACCAAGGAGUUCACGCGCAGCCGGAAGGAGGCGCAGCGGGUGGUGAAGAACCUGGUGAAGGUGGCGGUGAAGCUGGCCGUGCUGCUGCGGGCCGGUCAGCUGGACGGCGACGAGCUGGCGCAGCUGCGGCGCUUCCGGGCCCGGGCGCGCAGCCUGGCCAUGACCGCGCUCAGCUUCCACCAGGUGGACUUCACCUUCGACCGGCGCGUGCUGGCCGCGGGGCUGCUGGAGUGCAGGGACCUGCUGCACCAGGCCACCGGCCCGCACCUCACCGCCAAGUCCCACGGCCGCAUCAACCACGUCUUCGGCCACUUUGCCAACGGCGACUUCCUGGCCGCGCUGUACGGCCCCGCGGAGCCCUACCGGGGCCACCUGCGCCGCAUCUGCGACGGCCUUGGGAGGAUGCUGGACGAGGGCGGCAUCUGACCUGGCCUGGGGAGCGUCGCCCGUCCCCACUUCUGCUCCUCUUUUCGACUUCUGAGACGCUGUCAUGUAGCCCAGGCUGACCCCAAACUCUCCGUGUAGCCGAGGCUGGCCUUGAACUCCCGCCGCUGCUCCUGCUGACGCCUCCCGAGUGCUGGGGUGACGGGUGUGCUCCACCACCUCACUGUUGGGCGCUCUCAUUAUUUCAGACAAGGUCGUGGAGGAUGGGGAGUAAAGAACUGUACUCCCCGAGCCCUGGCCCCUGCCAAAUGUCUCUGUCCAUUCCCUGGCUCUCAGGGCCUCCCAAGGUGACUCCUUUAUCAGUGGAGUUCAAGCCCUGGCACCAGACCAGCGUGGACGCGGCCCCAGCCUGCCACGUGGGCUGGGACGCGUUGGGAUCUGGAAGGGACCCCGUCUGGAGACUGCGCCCUGGCAUCUCAGAAAGGGAGGUGUCUUAGCGUGUUGGGGCACUCGUCGCCAAGCCUGAUGACUGGGGUUUGAUCCCCAAACCCACACAGUGGAAGCCGAGAACUAGUUCUGGCAAGUUGGCCUCUGACCUCCACGUGGCCCGCCCACGUGACCACGCAGCAAGGCGCCACUGAUCUGGUGGGAAAGCUGGAGUCCUCACUGGGAGGGAGGAGCCUGGGGACCUCAGAGGCUGUCCCCAGGUUCAGCAGGGCAGAGCCAUUGGAGGCAGUGUCUGUGUUAAAUUAUAAUGCUGCAUUUGGGAAACAAA